CUUUGUGUCUCUUGUGUGUUGAGUAUUCUAAAAAUGACUUUCAUUUUGUUUAUUUAUUUAUUUAUUUUUGUUUUUAACAAAUGCAGAAGUAGCAAUUUCAAGAGGCAGAAUACAAUUGAUUCAGCUACCAUCAAGGAGAAUACUGCUCGUUUGGCGGCUCAAAAUCAACGACCAGCAUCGGCUCAGCCAAAACCUGUGGCUGUCACUGAAAAUGCAAUUUCGAGUCCAGCAAAGCCACGAAGCAGCACAACAAAGUACGAUCCAACAAAUGGAAAUCGCACAGUCGGUCCCAGCGGUAUGAUUCCCAGACGCUCCACUACGCUCUACGAGAAGACACUGUCAUCGGAAAAGACAAAUGUCGUUCCGGGAGAGUCAAAGUACGUAAUAUUCUUUUUUUAUUUAUUCUCUUAACUUCUUUAUCUACCAUAUAUAUAUCUU